AAGGGUCGAGAGGAGCGGUCUGUUUGAAAGAUGGUGUAUAUUGAUAUGUAGGAACUGAGUUGCACUGAGCCUGGUUUCCCCUGUGCGCAGGAGUGUGACACUGUCGUAGGAGACCGAAACAUGUGGUUGGUUUGUCUCUGAGCAGAUACUGCUGUUAGUUAUUGCCCGCCUGCAUUUGGAGAGUUAGGGAACGAUUUGCAGGAAGCCUGUUCACUUCCUCCACGUCUCUUUCCCCCGUGGAGAAGGUACAUUUAAAAUGCUCCCUGCUUCUGUUGCCCUGAGACUGGCUGCGUUUGGCUUGAGACCGGGACACUGGCUGCAAACCCCGCUCUCAAACCUCACCCACUGCAGGCAGCUGGCUGCUUCCCGGCCCCAGAACCCUCCCGGCUCUUCCCUGGAUAUCUCGGCGAUGUUAGGGCCGGAACCGAGUGAAGCUGUGCUAAAAGAGCCGAGCAGGAGGCAGCCCCGGCACAGCUCAUUGCUCCUGUUCCCCGGCCAGGGCAGCCAGUUCGUGGGAAUGGGCAAAGGGCUCCAGAAAUACCACAACGCCAGGCAAAUGUUCGCAGCAGCCCAGAAGAUCCUGGGCUAUGACCUGCUUUCUUUGUGUGUGAAUGGACCGAAGGGAGAGUUAAAUAAAACUGUUCACUGCCAACCAGCAGUUUUUGUCACGUCCUUAGCUGCAGUGGAAAGGUUGCAUCAUGAAAACCCUGAAGCUGUUGAGAAAUGUGUUGGAGCAGCAGGAUUCAGUGUGGGAGAGUUUGCUGCCUUGGUCUUUGCAGGAGCAAUAGACUUUGCUGAAGCUCUCCAUGCAGUGAAAGUGCGGGCAGAGGCUAUGCAGGAGGCAUCAGAAUCCAUUCCCAGUGGCAUGUUAUCUGUUAUGGGGCAGGCGGAAUCCAAAUUCAAGUAUGCCUGCCUGGAGGCUCAAGAACAUUGCAAGACAUUGGGAAUCGAGGAUCCUGUGUGUGAAGUGGCUAACUACCUCUUUCCCAAUGGACGCGUGAUUGCUGGAAAUUUACAGGCUCUUAAAUAUUUGCAGCAGAAUUGCCAAAAGUUCCACUUUCUGCGAACUAAACUUCUGCCAGUCAGCGGUGCCUUCCACACCCGCCUCAUGGCAUCAGCAACUGAGCCACUCCGUAAUAUCUUGAAGGAAAUCAGCAUUGAGAAACCUCUGAUAUCGGUCUACUCCAACGUGGAUGCCAAAAAAUACAUGAACAGUAAACACAUUCGGCAACUUUUGGUGAAACAGCUGGUGAUGCCUGUAAAAUGGGAACAAACUAUGCAUGCUAUGUAUGAACGAGAACAGGGGAUUGAUUUUCCAGAUACAUAUGAGGUAGGUCCAGGGACCCAGCUUGGGACCAUGUUGAAAAACUGCAACCUGAAGGCUUGGAGAUUCUAUCAACAUAUAGAUGUGAAAUUAAAGGAUGAGACUGAGGAAGAAUGAAGUAUUUUUUGUGCAGAAAAACUGAUAAAAGAUGAAUUUUUCUUGCUGUUAAUUAUCGAACAUUUCACUUUUGCCUGAUGUGUUCCAUCAGGCUGAAAGCAAUUUGUACAACUUGAACUGGUAGAAAUUGCUUUUUGCAAUUAAGUGGUGGUUUAAUGACUUUACAGAGACAAAAGAUACAGAAAGUGAACUGUUGAGUUGUAACUGUGCUGAAGGUGAUGUGUAGAAUUUGAAUCUACAAGGAGUUAUAUUGUCUGUCAGAAAUUGAGAAGGAUUGUUAGGACAUAAGAUCUCUCAGAUGGCCCAAAUAAAAUAAACACAAGAAAAUGUCUGGCUGAAAACCUAA